UUCCAAUGACAUGUCAUGACAUCAACGGCAAGGAAUUGGCGAUUGAUGACGACGAAUACGAUAGGAGGCCGACGCCGGCCGGUCUAGAAGCGAGCAGUCCAGUGCAUCAUCCCAGCGGUUCGGAAGUCUAUCCAUGAAUAGAUAUGGGGUUGACUAGGUAUAUCAUCUCCCCCCGCCGCAGCUUGCACCUGUUCGUCAGACAUCUACUUGACAUGACAUUUCAUCGUCACUUUAUCCCUUUAUCCCACUAAGUUGGAAGAUCAUGAUGAAGGACCUGGUAUACAUAGCGGGGGCCCUCGCAGUCCUCCCGCUCUCAUCCGCCUUUCUCAUUCCACCGCCGCAGCAGGCCCUGAGUAGUAGUGAUGAACACCAUUCAACCCGCCCAUCCCUCAACUCCCUGGAAACCCCUCUGGAAAAAGCCCCGCUGGACCUCGACCUCCAGUCCGUGGAUAUCUACCAACUCCUCCAAUCUGCAAUAGAUAAUCCCCACCCUCUCACCUCCUGCGCCUGGUUCGACGAGGACACCCCGGAUCCCCCGGAAGAUUUAGAUCUGGCUGCUGCCGCCGCCGCCGCCGCCCAAUUGCCGCCGCCCUUCCGCCGGCCCUCUCCGCCGCCAUACCCGCACCACCCGCCCUCCAACAAAUCGCUGUAUGAUUUGGUGCUUGAGAAUCCCCACACCACUAUCCUGGCGAAGAUCGUGAGGGAGGAUGAGGAGUUGGUCGCAUUGUUGAAUCGAACGGAAGCGAAUUCCACCUUGUUCGCGCCCACCGAUGAGGCAUUCAGAAGAAUCCCGCAUCAUCGGCACGGAGAUCAUGGAGAUCAUGGAGAUCAUGGAGAUCAUGGAGAUCAUGGAGAUCAUGGAGAUCAUGGAGAUCAUGGAGAUCAUGGCGACCACGAUGGAAAAGACCACGAACACUGCAAACGCGCUCUCAUCCGUGCUGUCCUAAAAUACCACCUCGUGCCCGACACGUAUACUCCCGCCGAGCUCUUCCACGCACAUACUCUACCCACGCAGCUGAGGGAUCCGUUGCUUACUCCCCAUCCCCAUCCCCAUGACCCUGAACAUGGAGAUGAUAGCCCUGACAAUGACAAUGAUGAUGACCCCGAAGAGGAAAAGAAGAACCUCCCCCAGCGCAUCUCCAUCCGCCCCAGCUGGAAAGGCCUCACCCUAAACCACUACAGCCACAUCCUCGCAAGCGACAAACACGCCGCCAACGGGGUGUUGUAUACUAUUGAUGCGAUCCUCCUUCCGCCGCCCACGCUGUUGACCGUCACGACCCUCGUGCCGAGUCAGUUCAGUACCUUUGUGUUGGGAUUGUAUCGGACGGGGUUGGCGGGGGAGUUGAAUCGGAGUUGGUGUCAUCAUCACCAUCACCAGGAGCACAGCCAGAACAACCCUCUAACCACCACCACCACCACCACCACUAAAGGCGGCGGAGGAACAUACUUCCUUCCCACCAACACAGCCUUCAAGAAACUCGGUUACGAAAUCAACGCCUUCCUGUUCUCCCCCCCUGGAAAACCGUAUCUGCGCGCGCUGCUGCAGUACCAUCUGGUAGAGGGGCGGACCCUUUAUUCGGAUGUCGAGUAUACAUUGUCCGGCAAAGUGGAGAAGGUGCACGGGACGCAGCAUUUCGAACUGCACACCAAACUCGCGCACAGGAAGUUGGAGGUGGAGGUGACGAAUCUCGGCCCGUGGGGUGGGAUGACGGUUGGGGGCCAGCGGGUCCGCGUCAGGGAUUUAGUGGUGGGCGAUGGGGUGGGUCAUGUGGUUUCGAGGGUUUUGGUGCCGGAGUGUCAUCAUGGAGACCAUGGGGAUCAUGGGGAUGAUGAGGAUGAGGGAGAGGAAGAGGAGGGGGAGAUGAGGAUGGGGGUGGAGGAGUUUAAAGAGCGACUAAGGGGGUUGGUGGAUUGGGAUUGGGAGGAGGAGGAGAAGAAAGAAAAGGAAAAGGGACAUGAGGUGAAGGCGAAGGUGGAUAAGGUUUGGGGCAGGUUGCAGGAUCUUGUGGUCGAAUUGUAGUUGGUUUUCUGUUUACGGCGUCUGAGGAUGUACUGGUAGUACGCGAUAAGCCACCAAAAUGCUAUGCUAU